UUGUAAUAUGCAUACAUCGUUCUUUUUUCCUUUUCCUUUUUCUCUUUUUGUCUUUUUCUUUUUUUCUUUUCUCCAACCAAAAAGGAAAAAAAUAAAUUAAGAAAAAACAGUAUUCGUUUAACACUCAAUUAAGGUGUUCAUUUUCCCAAAUGACCCAAAAACAGUAUUGACUCCCAUUCCCGCCCUUCCUUUGAACUGAGAUUUCAUAAAAGAGGAGAGGGCAUUACCGUCAAUUGAAAAAUAAAAGGACGAUUGUUUUUCUCGUCUUUCCUUAUCCAAAGACCUUUUUUCUUUUUCCGGGAAAUUGUUUUUUCCCCAUCCACCGUAUUGAUGGCCGACGAGUAUUCCCAGCCUCAGUCCAACCAUCACCAGCCUAAUGAUCGUCUCAGGCUCAACGUCGGCGGAAAACUAUUCGAAACCACCGUGGCUACGAUCCGAUCGGGCGGUCCCGAUUCCCUCCUCGGAGCGCUUUCAAACCGUCUCACCUACGAUCAAGAGCCGGUUUUCAUAGAUAGGGACCCCGAGAUCUUCUCUGUCCUCCUCUCACUACUCCGGUCGAACCGUCUUCCUUCUACCGCUUCACGAUUCACUAAGCAAGAACUCGCCGAUGAAGCGGUUUACUACGGCAUCGAGUCCCACCUCAAAUCGGCGAUGUCUCCUCCUCCGUUCAAUGGGAUUGAUGCCUCCAUUGUCAACGUCAUUCAACCGGCUUCCGAUGGAUUCACUUCGGCAUUCACUGCCGGAGAUGAUGGUUCUAUCUGGAUCGCCCAUGGAGGUCAGAUCUCCAGCUACGAUUGGAAUCUGAUUCAUGCCGGAAGCAUUCGAACGCACCUGGAGAAUAUAACCUCGAUCCGCAGGGUGUAUUCGGAAAUAGCAGCCGUAGGAUCCGAAUCCGCUGCCGGACUCCACUUCUACGACUUCUCAAACGGCCGUAAUAUCGCUUCGAUCCACUGGACCGACGCUUCGGAUCCUCGAAUCUAUAAAGCGCAAGUGACCGCGAUCGCCGACUCGUCGAGUACGGUUUUCGCUGCGUUCGAUUGCCCGCACAAUGAGAACUCGAUCCUGGCGAUCGACAAAACAACACUCAAAAUACAGUCGGAGUUCGGCCGGCAACGCGGCAGUUCAGCAAAGAACUUAGUUGCCGGGAAGCUGACGUGGCUGCCGCAGACCGGCGUUCUCGUAGGGAGCUCGGUGAACUGCGGUGCGUUUGGGUACUCGGGGUAUAUUAGAUUGUGGGAUCCGAGGUCCGGAGACGUGGUUUGGGAUAUGAACGAGCCAGGGUCGGGACGGAGUGGUAGGUUCGGGGACUCGUUCGCUGACGUGGACGUGGACACCGACGAGUUGACCAUGUUCAAGGUCUGCUCAAAGUCUGGGGAUUUGGCUAUGGCGGAUUUGCGUAAUCUAAGUGAAGAUCCUUGGGUUUAUUUGCAGGAUAAAAACCCAAGCUUGAGGAACGAAAGCAGAGGUGGCAAUAGCGUUAUCCAUUGCUACAGGAACCAAGUGUUCGUAGGCAGAGAGGGUGGUUUGGAGGUUUGGACCACAUUGCCAAAUGGAAAAAAGGGUACUGAAAUAGAAAACAACAACAACGGGAUAUGUGAGGAUUUGUAUAGAAGAAACUUUGUAGAUAAAGAGGAGGAUUCUGAGAGAGGGGUUAUAGAGAAAAUCGAAGGUGGGGGUGAUAGGCUCUUUGUUAGCAGACAAAACGUUGAAGGCAUUGAGGUUUGGGAAAGCUCAAAUUCUUCUGGUCCUGUUUCAGUAUUAUGACCCCUUGUUUUUUGUUAUCAUAUUAGAGGGUGUUCUUGCGGCCUCGGUUAUGUGGAUGUUGAUGACCAAUGUAAGGAAGCUUUAGUUUCACACAGGCUGAUUCACUUGUCAAUGUGGUUUGGGUCUUGGUGACUAUAAUAUUUCAAGCUGCUGCAACUGUGAAUGUAUUUUUCGUGACUAUAAGGGUGAGCAUGCAAUUUACCUGUCAGUACCAACGGAAGAAGCAGGUGUUAAAACAUGGGAAUAUCUACUAGGAAUGAAAGGGGAUGGUCUUCCUCUUAUCAUAGUUAUUGAUUUGCAAUGCAUUGCUCCAAUUUAAGGUGUAUCUCAAGUGCCGAGGAUAUGACAAAUUCUCAAAAAGUUGGAAGUGAUCAUUAGACAUUGUGAUGGUUGUACCACUCAACUUCUUCUGUGUCAACAUGCUCCUGGUGGUAUGCAGCAUCAGCUUUUUGGGGUUUUGCAAAGGGAGGUAAAGGGUAAUCUUACGGAAGUGUGCUGUUUUAACGGUGCUUUGAAGUACUAUUGGAACGAAGCUGUGGAGAAAAUUUAAGGGUAGAGAUUUGGACGGAGAGAGUUUAUACGAGGAGCUGUGGAUGUGGAUCCCUUGGCAAUGACGGUUUCAAACCUUAACUUAAAGCGGGGUAUAAACUGGGGGCAUAAGGUUAGAAUAUUUACACAUCCCAAGCCUUUUCUCCGAAACCAGAGCUUUAUGUUCCAGUUUCAAGGAGUUGAAGAAUCUAUGGAAAAAGGAUUCCUACAGAGGAGAAUCAUCCUGAUCAUAACCUUUCCUGCUUGGGAUUUUGGCGGAUUUUCUUUGAUGGAGCACUUAACAGGGGAUUAUAUGUCAGUUUUGCAGCAGUUGCACACUCAAAAAGGAGGGAGACCUUGUUAAAGUUUGGGACCAAAGUUAUCCCUGUCUACCCGGAAGUAGCCCGCAAGCUUGAAGUAGUCUGAUGUCUGUGCUGCAACUUCUGGAAGGAGCUACGUCGUAUGCAGGGCUGGCCAAAUUUUAUUUGUGGCUUUGGGCUUGGCCUAUAAAGAAAAAAUUAGGCUUUUAAAUUUAUUUAUUUGUUUACUUAAAUAUUUUGUCUCGUUUUGUUUUGAAACUAGUAGGGGAGACUGUGAGUCUCUUUGGGACAGUAUAGAUGGAAUGACCCACCGCUGAAAAUUUCAGGUAUAGAGUUCAAAACAUGGUAAAAUCUUCCUCAACUUAUCAAUAUAUAUAUAUAUAUAUAUUAAAAGUA